CAUAUUGCUGAAGUGGAAUUGAAACCUGAUAGUAUUUAUGCCGUUAAGAAACUGACACAAAAGCACCUCAAGCAAGACCAGAGGGAGCUAUGUCUACGUGGUGAUGAUCAAGAUGGAGAGACCAAUGUUGGUGUGCUUGAUAAUGCACCAUCUUCCAUAAAUGCUUCAGACAAGCAAAAUAGUGUAUGACUCAUGGAAAAUGAAAAGGGAUUAUGCAAUGGGAAGGCUAAUGAUGAUGGCCUUUCUUCUGGAUCAGAGCUCAAAGGUGGGGAUUCUUUAGAUGGUGCUCUCUGGGAUAUAUUUCGGAGAGAGGAUGUACCUAAAUUGGAGGAAUAUCUAAAGAAGCAUUUCAGAGAGUUCAGGCAUGUACAUUGCUCUCCUUUAAAGCAGGUUAUUCACCCCAUCCAUGAUCAGACCUUUUAUCUGACUCUGGAGCAUAAGAGGAAACUUAAGGAGGAGUAUGGAAUUGAGGCUUGGACUUUUACUCGGAAGCUAGGAGAUGCUGUUUUCAUUCCUGCCGGUUGUCCUCACCAAGUCAGAAAUCUGAAGCCAACAAAGCAAUUUUUUAGCCAAUUAACACUGCCGAUUUGUUUAAGUUAA